CAUAAAUUCUCAUCCCGAAUGUAGUUAUUGUAGCCGUCGUAAUUGACGCCAAAACAUGGGCCUUCAUCGUUAGUUAAAGUGUCAUUAUCAACACCACCACCACCACCAGGCACCAGCAUGUGACCGGAGUUGAUUUUUCAGAAAUCCUCAGUUUACUUUUAUAUCAUCAAAAACCCCUCCCUAUCUUCCCAUUUCUCCUGUAAAUGGAAACCGUAGAAGAAAAACAACAACAACAAUCCACAACCACAGAUGAUCCAUUGGUUAAGAUUUCAAUCCCAUCUGAAGUAAUCGAAGACAUCCUCACCAGCCUCCCCGUCAAAUCCAUACUCCGUUUCAAAUCAGUCUCCAAACCAUGGCUCUCCCUCAUCUCCACUCCAUCAUUCACCAAACUUCACUUCACUCGCUCCACCCGCACCGCCUUAUUCAUUUCCGCUUACGAUCAUUCUACUCGCCAACAACACCUUCUCUCCGCCCCCCGUGACGGUGGUCCUGUGUCUCAUCUCCUCACAAUCGACGACGCUUCUGUUCAUGAUAUCACAGAAGCCCAACACUUGAACGGCUUAGUUUUGUUUAGUUCAGUCAAAUUGUUUUCCGCAUACAAUCACGAUAAAGCUUUCCUUCUUAACCCUAGCACGCAUAAGUUUUUCAAGCUCCCUGAUCCUUGCAUCGAUAGAAAGGGCCGUGUCUCUUACUUAUUCGGGUUUGAUGAGUCUAGAAACGAACAUAAGGUUUUGAUGAUCAGGCAACUUCGUAAUCCUACUACAUACGAGAUUAGGAUUUUCUCUAUGUCGACUUAUUCCUGGAGAAAGAUCGAUGCCGAGCCUCCUGUUGGUUUUACCUGGGAUCGUUUGGGCGUCUACAUUAACAUCAGUGUUUGUGUUAAUAGUGUAAUACACCUAAUGUGUCGAGGCGAUUUAUCGUUUCCCAUUUUGGCGUUUGACUUGAGAACAGAGAUGUUUUCUGUAAUCAACACUCCUCAAGUUUCUACGCCUGAUGAGGAUCCUUGCAUCAUAAAAAUCAAUGGUUGUAUAGGCGUUGUUUUUUUCGAUUAUAAUCGUGUGAUGGAAAACAAUGAGAUGCAUAUUUGGAUAUUACAAGAUUAUGAAAACCAUGUUUGGGUCAAAGAAAGUAUUGCGUUCACUGAGCCUUGGGCCGAGUUAGGUUACCCUUUCCCAAGAGAUUCUGUUAAUAUGGACGAGAUUAUCUUUUGUUCAAGCAAAAUGUCCGGGAACGUGACAAGCUUACUUGUCUAUAACAAGAUUAGUAGAAGUUUUAAAUCAUUACAAUUCACUUCGGGUCAUCAGUUUCCGUUCUCAAGAGCAUUGCGCUUCAGUCUGGCCAAGUGUUAUGUUGAGAGCAUGAUGACUUUAUAGAGGAACAGACUAGACUUAUUCCACUGGCAAAUGUUGGGUUUCGCCUGUCAAUGUGUUUGAUGUAUGUUUUUAUGGAUGUUUAUGUUGCUAAAAGCGUUUUACCUAUCAACUCCUUUGGAUCUUGUGAUACUUAACAAGUUAGCCUAAAUCAUAUCGUAAACCAACCUGUUAUUGA